GUUUUGGUGGAAACAUCUUAUCUGAAGGCGCACAGCCACGCAUCCAUUCCAGGUAACGAGUGGAUAUUUCGUGUCUAGCCCUACUCGCAACUCGCAGCAAUCUUAAAUUAAACGCUUCUAAACAUGUCGAUGGCUUUUCAAAUAAAACUUCGAACCCCUUCAUUUCUGACUUUACAUCUGACUGCGUUGGUACACAAUGAUUACACUAAUACAACUAAGGUUGUGAGGAUAUAUAAAAACUCUACUAUCCCGUGAUGCAUGAUCCUGAACGCUUUAUUGGAAUUUCAACAGAUGCCUUGUCAAGGAAAUUUGUAGAGAACUAAGUUGAUUUUCUUUAAUUGACAUUAUCAAAUUACGAAUAAUUGGACAUCCGAUUUUGUUUUAGUUCUUAGAUCAUAAAAUUUAUCAAAACUCAAAAGUGUAAUUUAUUUACGCACACUUCAGCUAUGUAUUGCUUAAUUCUAUGCAAAGAGACUUUCGGAUCGGGGAACUUGAGUACUGCUUUAUACAUAAGGGAGAUCUUCGAACUAUAUUUAGAAGCUGAAUUCAUAAAAAUUGUUAACAUCAACUGUGAAAGUUCUUUGAAAGACAUAGACAACUUUAAUCGAUCAACUGCAAACCCUAAAUUAGUGAUUGCCCUUCAUUUACGUCAAUGCUCACAUCUUGUCAGUCUGCUAGACAAAAGUAUACCUGUUCUUGCAAUCUGCACUGGGUCUGACAUAAAUAUGGAUAGAACUCAUGCGGUAUAUUUAAAGCUGAUGACAUAUUUAGUUGACCGAAGUUUUGCAGUUGUUUUACUUAACCGACCAAUGUUGAAGCAGUUUAAAGAAACUUGGCCUCAUUAUCCUGGUCAGCUGCAAGUCAUACACCAAGCAAUAAGGGUUGACGUUGAGGACGCAAAUCACUAUAAGAAAGACAUUCUGACGGCAAUCGAAUGUAAAUUAGGAGUAAAGUUGCAACCGUUCUUCAUUGUUGCUGGUCUUUUGAGAGAUGUGAAAGAUCCAAUGUUCGCGCUUCAAGCAUUCCUAGAAUGGAGAAAUCAAGGUAAAAAAGAGAAUAAGGAUUCGAAAGUGACUUCAACUAUUAAUUAUAAAUCUUAUAAUCUUUUAUAUGUUGGAUCGGUUGAAGAAGAUACAGAAAAUAUACAACAAUUUAUUGAUGAAAUAGAUGGAAAAGUUGUACAUCGGUGUGAUUCAUUAACACAAAAAGAAUUGCAUUCAUUAAUGCUUAGCUCUCAAGCACUGAUCAAUUGUUCAAUCAGUGAAGGCCAGUCUUUGGCUGUAAUGGAGGCUAUGUCUCUUGGAGUUCCGGUCGUGGUGAGAGAAAACCCAGGUAACUGUGAUCUUAUCAAACAUGGGAAAAAUGGGUUGGUAUUCAGAACAUCCAAGGAGCUGGGAGAAUGUCUAACUUAUCUAGAAGAAAAUCCUGAAAUAAAGAAACAACUAAUUUUCGCAGGGGAAGAGUUUAUGGGAGGCAAAGAAUUCCAAAGAGGAUAUCAAGCGAAAUUAUAUUCACACGUAAUCCAACAUAAUAUAUUCGGUGUAUAAUCAACAUAUACAGCAGUCGAGUGCAUAACAAACAAUAUCAGUGACAUUUUUCUUUAAAUUUCAUUAUAACCGAUAACCAAAAGUAUAUAAUUUCGAUUACAAAGUAACAAUAAAGCUUUUCACUGAAGUAUUGUUCACUAUAAUAUAAAAUAAUAAAAUCUAAUUUCGUCAAUUUUAAACGUUAGGAAGAUGGGGGAUUCGAAUAUGGUAAGAUUCCAAUAAGACAAAGAUCACACUUUUCACCAGAUCUAUAGGGAUAUAUAAAUAUUACUUUACAUAAAAAUAAGAACACAGUAGUCCGAGUAUGGCUAACAUCUAUGUCGUACCUUUGUAGUUGUGCUAUUAAACAAGUUUUAUGGAAUAAGACAGAAUCAAAUUUGUUCAGUACACAUUACCACUUAUGAUAUUCCUUUUAAACUAGGCAUAA